CCUCCUGCAACAAAGUACUGGAGUCAUCAUUUGCACAAAGCUCCAGGCGGAAAUCCAAUUAUAAUACACUACUGCAGAAGUCUCCGAACGAUGGAAGACGUGGCUCAGUACUUUCUGGGCGACAAAGUAAUAGGAUUCGACAUGGAAUGGAAGGCCUCAGCCACAUAUGCCGACGGCAUCAAAGAUAAUGUCUCCAUGAUCCAAAUCGCAAACGAAAAGCGAGUCGCGCUGUUCCACGUUGCCUCCUUCAUAGGAACGGACCCCAAACAUUUUAUUGCGCCUUCACUACGCCAGAUUAUAGAAUCACCCAAUGUCACAAAAGUCGGUGUUCACAUCAAAGCAGAUUUUACACGCCUACGCAGAUACCUCGGGGUCAACGCCCGAGGCAUUUUCGAACUCAGCCAUCUGCACAGACUAAUCAAAUAUUCCCAAUCGCAGCCGAAACUUGUCAACAAGCGCCUGGUCAACCUCAACGACCAGGUCGAGGAGCAUUUUGGACUGCCUUUGUUGAAAGAUGCUGAAGUACGAUGCAGUGACUGGACUCGUCCUUUGAACUAUGAUCAAGUUCAGUAUGCUGCGAAUGACCCGUAUGCCUGCAUCUGCUUGUACAAAGUUAUGGAUAGUAAACGACAAGAGAUGAUCCCUGUGCCUCCACGACCGGCACAUGCGGAAUUGGAUUUGCCAAUUCGCCUUGCGGAGAAA